GGAGACGCAACGCUUCACGCUAUCUCUCUCUCUUUCCCCCCCGCCUCUCUCUUUUCCACCUUUCCUCUGUGCUCUCCUCGCUCUAUCCUCAACCAAACCCUAACACCCAAGCGAAACAGGGCAAUGGAUCUCCCGGCUCCCCUCCUCCUCAUUCUGGCGUUGGCGCUUCCAGCGUGGACAGCCCUCGCGGAAGGCGGCCGGAGGAUCCCGACCACAUUGGAUGGUCCGUUCGUCCCCGUGACCGUCCCGAUCUACGGCAGAGUGGCACCAAGGAACGCCGUCGAUUUGCCGGACUCCGACCCCAGGGUGCAGAGGAGGGUGACAGGGUGGGAGCCUGAGCAGAUCUCCGUCUCGCUAUCGGCCACUGAGGAUUCCGUCUGGAUUUCGUGGAUUACGGGUGAGUUUCAAAUUGGCAAUGACAUUGAGCCAUUAGAUCCUACAAUUGUAGCAAGUGUAGUCCAUUAUGGGAUUUCAAAGGAAAUUCUGACUUCUGAAGCUACAGGAUAUUCACUCAUUUAUAAUCAAUUUUAUCCAUUUGAAGGCCUGCAAAAUUACACUUCUGGGAUUAUACAUCAUGCACUACUAAAUGAUCUGAGACCAGGGACAAAAUACUACUACCAAUGUGGAGACCCAUCAAUACCAGCUAUGAGUACCAUCCAUUCUUUCCACACAAUGCCUGCUCCGGGACCUGAUAACUACCCAAAAUCAAUAGCUGUGGUUGGAGAUUUGGGUCUUACGUACAAUAGUACAUCCACUGUGGACCAUAUGAUGAGCAACAAGCCAGAUCUUAUUCUUUUGCUAGGGGAUGCUACUUAUGCAAAUUUAUAUUUGACAAAUGGGACAGGAGCAGAUUGUUAUUGCUGUUCAUUUCCAACAACUCCAAUACAUGAGACCUUCCAACCUCGGUGGGAUUACUGGGGAAGAUACAUGGAGCCUGUGAUUUCAGAAAUUCCAAUUAUGGUGAUUGAAGGAAACCAUGAGAUAGAACAACAGGCUGAAAAUAAGACAUUUGUAUCUUACAGCUCAAGAUUUGCAUUUCCAUCUGAAGAAAGUGAAUCAUUUUCUACAUUUUACUAUUCUUUCAAUGCUGGAGGGAUACACUUUAUUAUGCUCGGAGCCUAUAUUUCCUAUUACAAAUCAGGUGAACAAUACAAGUGGUUGGAAAGAGACCUGGAAAGGGUCGACCGAACACUAACUCCAUGGCUGAUAGCAACUUGGCAUCCCCCUUGGUACAGUUCCUACAAAGCCCAUUACAGGGAAGCUGAGUGUAUGAGAGUGGAAAUGGAGGAGUUACUUUACUCGUAUGGCGUUGACAUCGUAUUCAAUGGCCAUGUUCAUGCAUAUGAACGAUCAAACCGUGUGUACAACUAUUUGUUGGAUCCAUGUGGUCCAGUCUAUAUCACAGUAGGUGAUGGGGGCAACCGAGAAAAAAUGGCAGUUAGGCAUGCAGAUGAUCCUGAUGGAUGCCCAGAGCCAUCGACAACAUAUGAUGUGCAUAUGGGUGGAUUCUGUGCAUUCAAUUUCACCUCUGGCCCUGCUGCAGGCAAAUUUUGCUGGGAUCGUCAGCCUGAUUACAGCGCUUAUAGAGAAAGUAGCUUUGGACAUGGGAUUCUAGAGGUGAAGAACGAGACUCAUGCUCUAUGGACGUGGCACCGGAACCAGGAUCUUUAUGCCAGUGCUAAAGAUGAGAUUUAUAUAGUCCGGCAGCCGGACAAGUGCCCUGUCCAGCCGAUAAUGCCAUCAGAUUUUAUAGGAGGGAUCAAGGGCAAAUGGGCAAUCUAGUGGAAUAACAACCUAUUUUUUCCCAGCGGGAUGAAAUUUUACAAGGUACAUAGGUUUGGUGAAGUCACGGUGUAAAUUGGAUGAAGGUCAAAAUUACAAAUUUAAACCUAUCUCAUCAUCAGGGUGAAUACUUAUUUAUUGUGUAGCCCUAAAUUGUGCUUGAUAUGGAUUACAUGAUACUUUAUCUCAAUGUAUAUGGGCUUGCACAUGCAGCCUUGCAAAAAAGUGUUUGUUUUAAUAAUUAUUUUUUAUGGUUUUGAACUAUAUUUAUCGCACAACAGUUUGUUCUUCAACACAAAAUGUUACAUUCUAAUUUUGGAUCUGUUGACUUCUUCAAUACAACACUAGCCCAUACAAAUUCAGAACAGAAUUUAGUUACUAUAUUCGCAGAUGUAACA